AUGAUAUAGUUGAUGAUCCUACAGAUUCCCAAAAAAUCAUAACUGAAGCAAGAUUCAGAGCAAAUGUAAAUAAAAUAAUCCUCUCUAUAUUAAAGUGUUUUUUAGAUUAAAUCUAGAAUGGAGGAACUCUAGCAAUUUUAUGAUGACAAUAUCGAUGAUUAAAAGGUAUUUUUCUUUGAGAAAUUAAGACUUAAACUUAAAAAGGCAUUACAUUCUAAAACUAAUAGGAUACAUGGUGCUGGCAUAGGAAGACCUAACUAAAUAUCAUCUCAAUAAUAGUAGCAGUUAAGUAGUUAAGGAAUAAGAUCAGGAGAUAACAUUAUAAGCUCAAAUCAAAUUUUGAGUUCUUAAUAGAGACUCUUUCAUAAUCAGAUAUAUGAAAAUGAUGAUGAUGAUUUGGAUCACAGCUAAAACCAUCUGAUAACUAAUAACAAUAACUAUUAUGAUGAUGAGAACCAGAAUUAAAUUAUAAGGGAUGAAUAUGGAGAUGAAAAUCCUUAUGAUGAUCAAAAUGAUGAUGGCGGAAAUUUCAACGGAGCUGGUAGAGGUCUUAAUGGUUAUGGAGAUGAUAAACAUUUCGAAAAGAUUUAGGAAGAGGAGGAAGAAGAUGGUAGUGCAAAUUAAUCAAUGGAAUAGCAAUUUAAUGACUAAAAUCUACAGAAUAGUAUCUAAUUGCUGCAAAGAAAUUAACUAAACGGAAUUAACUAAAAUUUUGAAUAGAGAUAAGGUAGCAAUAAUAAUGUUGCAAACGGAUAAAAUAAUCAAAAUUAACCUUCAUAAUGGCAAGAACUCAUUUUUAGAAUUAAGCUUACUUAAUAAGAAUAUGAUAUGUUUCUUAGAGAGAAAGCUAAAAGAUUAGCAGUUAAAUGA